UCAUUUACAACAAAAAUGGAAACUUUAACACCUCACUGCAUCAGAAUAUCCAUGGCUAAACUCACCAUUUCCUUUGCAUUCUUGCUUUCCUGCUCUUUUUUUGCGUCAACUGAAGCCUAUGAUGCAGGCGGUUCAAAUGGAAAUAUUACUAUAAAAUGGGAUGUUGUGAAUUGGACCCCUGAUGGGUAUCUUGCUGUUGUCGAUAUGUUCAACCAUCAGAAGAACCGCAACAUUGAAGCACCAGGGUGGAGACUAGGAUGGACAUGGCCCAGAAAGCAAAUAAUAUGGCAGAUGGUAGGCGCGCAAACCACUGAGCACGGAGAUUGUUCGGGAUUUAAAAGGAACAUUCCUCACUGUUGUAAGAGUAAUCCACAAGUCAUAGAUUCGCCUCCUGGGACACCUUACAACCAGCAAAUUGCUAACUGCUGCCGCGGUGGGGUAUUACGUGCCAAUACUCUUAGCUCUUUUCAAGUUACUGUUGGUCAAGCCGGAACAUCAAAUAUAACAGUUAAGCCGCCAAUGAAUUUCACAUUCAAGGCACCCGGGCCUGGAUAUACUUGUGGGCCCACAAAGAUUGUGAGGCCAACCCAGUUUACCACAGCAGAUAAGCUCAGAACCAUUCAAGCUUUGAUGACAUGGAAGGUAGUUUGCACGUAAUCUCAGUUCUUGUGUCGGAAGAUCUAAGGAACAAUUACAGAUUUGCUGCUGAAUGUGCUGAUUUAGUGGGUCUGUUACCCUAUUUGGCAACCCAACAAGUUUUUUCUUUUUUAUGGGAAGUGGAUCAAGUUGAAAAGCUUCAAACAAUAAUGUAACUGAAUGCAUUCAUAUCAAAAAAAUAUUUAGUAAGAAUGUUUUUUUGAAUUUGAAUUUGGGAGUUAUAACCUCGUUUUGAUCAGAAAUUUUUCUUAUCUUAUCCGAUUCCUUGAUUUAAAAGUACUAAACAUUGACUAUGUUUUUUUAUUACUAUAAGAAAAAUAUUGUCAUUUUCCAUGGUUGA